UACAGAACUCUGUCACUGAGGGGAGUUUACAGCGGUUUAUGUCUGAACAAGAUCUGCCGGACCGAUCAGCUGAAUAGACUGAAGCUCUCUGCACUUUACAACUCUUUGUGGAAGUUAACAUCGCGCUUAGUUCCGGCUUUGUAUUCGGUGGAUUAAUAUUUUAAGCUUUAACAAAGCUCUGAGUUGUAUACGACUAGUGUUAAGUUAGGUUUGUGAUAGCCUUAUCAAGUUGGAGAUAACAUUAAAACAAAUAUGGCUACUGACGACAAGAACUCUCCACCGGAAGAGUGGAAACAACAGACGGAGCCCCUGGCCCCGUCGACGCCAACGGACACAGCGACCCUGUCAAGUGAGGGGCUAAAACCGGAGAUAAUGGAGCGGGAAGUGUGGUCGAACAAACUGGACUUCCUGUUGGCGUGUAUAGGGUUUUCCGUUGGGCUGGGGAACGUGUGGAGAUUCCCCUUUCUAUGCUACAGAAAUGGUGGAGGUGCGUUCCUGAUCCCGUAUUUCAUCGCGGUGAUAUUGGGCGGAAUCCCAGCCUUCUUCCUGGAGGUGUCUCUAGGACAGUUUAUGUCCGAGGGGGGCACCGGUACAUGGAAAAUAUGCCCCCUCUUUCAAGGUAUUGGCUACGCCUGUGCCAUCAUCGUGUUUCUACUGAAUUGCGAAUACAACAUAAUCCUAACAUGGGCGUUCCACUAUUUGUUUUCGUCGUUUACUUCGGUGCUACCCUGGUCACAUUGUGAAAACGAUUGGAAUACGGAAACGUGUCGCGUUGACCAUCGACAGCUCGGGAAAGGCCAUCAAGGCAACGACACCCUCUAUAACGUUAGCGUUGUCGUGAAUGGGUCGCUAGGUGGCGCUGCUGCCAGCACCGUAUCGAGCGUCGCUGCGAAUGUAAGCUGGGUCACCUCGAAAGUGGCGGAGAAUGUCUCGAAGCAAAUCUCGGAUCCAGUCACCGAAUAUUGGGAGCGGAAAGUGCUGGGGUUGUCCUCGGGGAUCGACGAGCCGGGGAACAUCAAGUGGGACCUCUGUUUAUGUCUUCUCCUAGCAUGGAUAGUCGUCUAUUUCUGCAUCUGGAAGGGAAUCCGAAGCUCCGGCAAGGUGAUGUAUUUUACGGCGACCAGCCCCUACAUCCUCAUGUUUAUCCUGCUGAUAAGAGGCCUGACGCUAGAGGGCGCUUCUGAAGGGCUUAAAUUCUACCUCAUACCUGAUUGGUCAAGACUGUUGGACACGCAGGUGUGGGUGGACGCGGGGACCCAGAUCUUCUUCUCCUACUCCAUCGCCCUUGGAACCCUGACCGCCCUCGGCAGCUAUAACCGAUUCAACCACAACUCACUCAGGGACGCGGUACUGUUCGGUCUUGUUAACAGUUUCACAAGCAUACUGGCUGGCCUCGUCAUCUUCAGCAUCCUUGGCUUCAUGGCCGUAAGACAGGGAGUGUCCGUCGCCGAAGUAGCCGAGUCAGGACCAGGCCUUGCAUUUAUAGCUUACCCCGAGGCGGUAUCCCAGAUGCCGAUAGCCCCCUUCUGGUCCUGUCUAUUCUUCAUUAUGGUCAUUCUACUGGGACUCGACAGUCAGUUUGUGGGGGUUGAAGGGUUCAUAACCUUCGUGGUUGACCUUUACCCCCACGUGUUCCGGAAAGGAUUCAGACGAGAAAUUCUCAUCGGUGUCGUCUGCGUCACCUGCUUCCUCGUAGGGCUCUCCAUGGUUACCGAGGGAGGGAUGUAUGUGUUUCAGUUGUUCGAUUACUACUCGGCGAGUCGUAUCGUGCUGGUCGUUGCGUUCUUCGAGUGUGUCGUCGUGUCAUAUAUCUACGGAACGAACCGAUUCCAGGACAACCUAGAGAUGAUGUUUGGUUUCCGGGUGAACCCCGUUAUGAAAUACAUGUGGAUGAUAUUCACACCCAUAUUCACUAUGACGAUAUUCAUCAUGGGCGCCAUCACAUACUCGGAGUUGUCGUACGACCGGAAAUUUAUCACCUACGAGUACCCAAGGUGGUCGAUCAUGAUCGGCUGGACGCUUGCUCUCUGUUCAGUCGUCUGCAUACCCAUUGUCUUUGUGUUCCGGUUAUACCAGCAGGAAGGAGAUCUCGCUCAGCGUUUCCGUGCUGCGACCAUGCCGACGCUGAAGAAGCAUCAGGUGCGGGCCGGGGAGGAUCUCAGGCGGAUAAACCUCACAAAUGGCUGCACUUCCGGUACAGCAGACGACUUUCCAGACUUCCCGGAUGGGGCUUUCAUUUCCGUCAAAGAUUUCAAUAAUAGAGAGUCAGAAAUCGUGUAGUCUUAAAUGAGACGAUUGUUUCGCCGUUUGUGUAGUUUGAAUAAAAAGAAAAUAUGUUGUGAAAUUUGCAAAAUUUUGCAAAACGUUUGAUUUAGAGAUGUCACUUGAUGUUCAAAUCGCUUUACGAUAUCCAUUGUGAUCAUUUUCAUUUUCAUUAUAUAUGUAUACGUUUUCUUUUAUUUAUGUCCUUUGUAAUUGGUACUGUAUUAAAUUAACUGAUAUCAAACGUGUCUAUUAUCAUGCCGAAAGUAGCACCUUCUCAUUAUCAUAUUUGUGUGUAGAACUGCCAACUUUAGUCAAACCGAAAUCGUGUUUACCGAAUUGCUGAAGUCAUGGUCUUAUAAGUGAAAAAAUAAUAAUUUGUUGUAGGUCUUCUUAUACACAAUAUUUACCAAUAAACGUUUUCAUUAGCGGGGUUUUAAUCCAAGACAUUUUCCUUUCAGUCCUAUAGGCUAUACUGCUUUUAUAUUGUCCCAGCAUUAACAUUAGAUUAUAGAACAUUCCACUACGACAUAUCAUGUCCAUUACUUCAAUUGUUCACAAGUAAUGCAAAAUACAUGCUUGUAGUUAAUUAAUAUUGCUGUGAAAAUGUUUGAUUGGUUUACUAUUUAUGUAUUUAAGCUCGUCCGUGUUUCAUAAAAUGUCUAGGAUCAGUCAUAGCCGUUAGUGUUGUCGGCGUCGGCGUGAAACAACUCUGUUGUUGCCAGCAACGCAUUGACGGUUUAAAAUGAUAAAUUUGGCAACUUAAUUAAUGACACAUGAACAUACCUUUAUAUGUAUGAGUAUCAAUACCUAUUACUCUGAAUAAAAUAGUUAUCGAGUUAUUUCCCCUGGUUCACUGAGAAGGCGGGCGAGUGUUGUCAUCCCUUGUCUUAACAUUUUUGUUAAACAUGUCUGUAAAUAUAUUGUGAUAUUCACAAUGGGUUGCCGUGCACUAGAUGUUUUGUUGAUGUAUUGUGUGUUCAACAUUCUAUUCAUACGAAAUCCGCGCAGUUUAGUAGAAAAAAACAAACAAUAAAUGUCAACAAGUGAGUGACGACCUAGUUUUAUCUAUGUUUAUGUAUUAUCUCGUCGGCUUUAGCAAUCUCAUUAUAAAUAUCAUACUUUUAUGUUCACCAUAAAUAAGUAAACACAAACUUAUUGUUAAUAAACUGUUUAAAUGAUAGUGUUUUUUGCUUUAAAGAGCUUGUGUUGAUCGUAUGUCUGUACUUUUUUAUUUUGAAUAAAUUAUUCAUCUUUUAAGAAUUCUGUAUGUAUGACAUUUGUUUUGAAAAGUUUGGUUUGAAGUUUAAAAAUGUAAUACUCAACAACGAAAUCAAUGCAUUUGUUUAACGUUGUCACUUUUUGUAUUCCAAUGGUUCCAUCUGUUAUCCACAGGGCUAGUUUUCAAUAUUGAUUUUAACUGGAAUAAAGAACGAUGUAGCUAAUCGGAUUACUUGUUGUUUAUAACUGACCAAUGGAAUGAAUUAUGACUAUAAGAUUAACUUAAGUUGAAUAUUGAAUACCACCCCUGGUGACAAAACAUUUGACAGUUAUGUUGUUUUAUCUUUAUUUAUAGCACAAACAAAGUGAAACAGCAUUGCCCUCCUUCUUUAAAGCACUUAGUAUUAUGUUAACAUGUAUGUAUGUUUCACAACGCAGGGAUUCAGUAGCAUUGUUUUUCUUUCAUAAAUAGUUUCAGUUAGCUGUCAAUAAAUUGCCUUGUGUCUGAAUGUGUUACUAUGUCAUUCAUUUAACACUCAAAGUUUAUGAAUUAUGACGUUAAAUUGUACCAUUUUAUGUAAAAAAAAUAUGGAACGUAAGACAUAACACUUUCAAUUAAACGUUUAAGCCAUUUGAUGUCUGACUUUGAGACAUUUUAGACACUGAAUAAAAUUUUCAAUUUUU